AUGGCGGGUCGAUGCAAAAGUGAAAAGAAGCAGAAAUCAACGAUUUUCACCGCAAAAGCGAAUGGGUCGGAAGCGUCGGGCGCGGCGACGAGCAAGGGGCCGGUGGCAGUCGAGCAACGGCACACAGGGCAAGAAGACACAGAGUCGAAUCGAUGGACGCGGACAGCGAAGCAGACGGGAGUCGGCCCGCAGAUCUGGGCCAGGCGAAGCGACCGCGACGCGUUUCUGCUCUCCCCAGCUGUCGAGAUCAGCGCAUGCAGGGCGGGCGGCGCAACGCGGAAAAGAGAGAAAACGAAUCGAACACAACGAAUGGCGAGACGGCAAGGAACGGGCAAAGGCGUGUCGUCGAGGGCGAGACCGCGUGGUGGCAGCAGUGCGGUGGUCGACAGAAAACUCGUGAUGGCAACAAAGUGGAUGUAG